GGAUAGAGAGCCGUCCCGUCACUUCUCGGCACUUCUCGGUGUGCGUCCCUGUCGCGCGUGUCCCGCCCGAGGAGGUAAUCGGCGAGAAACUCCAGGAAUCGUCCGAGGAGUAGGCGAGCGUCUUCACCGAGGAGUCUGCGAGGCCGCGAACGAUGUAAGCAGGGACUCGCGUACCCCUCGCGCGGACGUGCACAGACGCAGUCAGGACCGGGCUGGACUGGCCGCGAACAGGGCGAAGCGUCCGAAAACCUUCUCGAGACCCCCAGGAGUCGUCCGAUCUCGCGGAACCGCAAAACGGGCGGAAACCUCGCCGACAAUGGACGCGAGCAUCGAGAGGGAGUGCAGCGCCCUGGGCGGACUCUUCCAACAGAUUAUCACCGACAUGAAGAACGGAGCUCCACUCUGGGAGGACUUGAUUUCAAAAGCCACUAAACUACACACGUGCCUAAAAGCGGCGAUUCUGGCGAUAUCGGCAUAUCUGGAAGCCUUUCAAAAGAUUGCGGACACGGCAACCAAUGCAAGAGGAGCAACGAAGGAGAUCGGAACGGCCCUAACGAGGAUAUGCCUUCGUCACAAAGCAGUGGAAACGCGUAUGAAAUCGUUCACCAGCGCUAUCAUGGAUUGCCUGGUAAUGCCUCUGCAAGAGAAGUUGGAAGACUGGAAGAAGUCUCUAAUAAAUCUGGACAAGGAGCACGCUAAAGAGUACAAAAAGGCCAGGGCGGAAUUGAAGAAACGUUCAACGGACACCUUGAGACUCCAGAAGAAGAAAGCACGGAAGGGCCAGUCCCAGAUGCAUGGGCCGCUGCAUGGCCAACUGCAGGGUAACAUCAGCUGUGCUACCGACGCCGAACUUAACAAAUUGCUCGAAUCAUCCGCCGCAGUGGUUCAAGAGAAACGUCUCAGUUUGGAAGAGACGGAGAGGAAAGCCGUGCGAGCGGCUCUCCUGGAGGAGCGAGGCAGAUUCUGUCAACUGGCCAGAUUUCUGAAGCCAGUUCUCGACGAGGAGAUAGCGAUGCUGAUGGAGUUGACGCAUCUCCAGGAGGUCUCCGAUCAACUGCAGAGGCACGCGGCCUCUCCUCACCACCUGCCUCCGGCAUCCGAACAGGUGAUCACCGACAUUAAAGGCUGCGACCCUGUCCAGUGGUCCCUGGCCACGCCUCCGUCCAGUCCAUCCUUAUCUCUAGGCUCCAGGAAGAGCUCGAUGUGCUCGAUCAGCUCGCUGACGAGCAGCAGCAGCGGGUCCUGCAAGAGCCACCCAAGUCCUUCGGGCCACCCUUGGCACCGGUCCCUCUCUCAGCCUGUUGGCAUCAGACCCUCCAGCAUCGGCGGUAUAGGAACCCUCCGUCACUUCGCCACCGGCAGCUCUCGCGACUCUGGCUUCACUUCUCAGGAUACACUGUACGCACAACCUAUUUCCGAGCAUCAGGUGUCGAACGCAUCCUCGCAGAGCAACCAGAGCACCGGGUGCGCGACCAUGAGGCCGGUGACGACCUUCACCUGGCCGGAUCUUCAAGAGACCUCGGUGCAGUUCGAGAAACAGAACCAGGGCACGGUGAACGAGAGGCCUCACACGAUUUCCUCGGCGUACGAGAAGGGCCACCAGAGACCAGCUCUCAGCGUUUACACCUUCCAAGCCCUGGACCGCGAAACGAGCGGCUGCUGCCAGAGCCAACCGGCUUCCCCGGUCUCCAGCUCCUGUUCCUCCGCGAAUCAGCAGCUGAGUCGCGUCCAACUGCGUCGAAACAACGGCGCCAAUAGGCCUCCGAUUCCCAGCAGAUGCUCCAGCUUGGAGAGGCCCACGGUGCCGACGAAGAGCGAACCGCCGGGGAGUCCUCGAGGGAAGCCGAAGCUUCCUCUUCCAGCCCACCUGGCGAAAGAGCUGGCCAGCCACCAGCUGCAGCAGCCCAUGUACGUGAACAUGCACGAACUGGCCAGUCUGGCCGCGAGUCGCGCCCAGGAGAUGCUUCCUCCACCGCCUCCGGCUGCAGCUGGCCCAGCCGCUGGUGAGAAGACUGACGGAACCGAGAAGGAUGGCAGCAGCCAGACUUCGGAGUCCAGCUUGGAGUCGAGCAGCGGGUACGGGAGCCAGACGACCCUUCCUCAUUCCCAGUCGACGCACAAUCAAAACGAUACGAACUGGAACACCCCGUCAUCGCUCUUGUCUCGUAGGGGGUCCAUGCAGCAGGCGAGCCGACCUCCACCUCCGACGAGGCGAACCUCGGCCAUAAUCGGCAGCACCCAUGGUGGUAGCGCGCUCUCGAAUUCCGCCGAGGAGCACGCGGAGAACGUCUGCGACGAGGCGGAGAACCUUCCACCGCCGCCGGCUUUCCUCCUGGAGGGGUCCUCGCCCGCUGCGAGUCCUACGCCUCAACGGUCGAUCUCCGUGUCCGAGACGGUCAGGACGCUGACGGAGCUGCGGCAUACCCCGGCAAGCCCCUCGCUUCUGCGGAAGUCGACCGGCAUGCAGCAGCUCAACAACCCCCCGGCGACGGUGCAGCACAACACCGUGGUUCAGAUAACGCGCUGCACCUUCGAACGCACUGGCUCCACGAAACGGUCCAGCUCUCAGGAUCGUAGUCACGGCGCCGUCGUCCCGGGGGCUCCGGUCGCAACCCCGGCCGGUACCACGACACUGUCCUGCGGCCCCGUCGCUGCACAGGGCCAGGGCCCCGGGGGCGUCGGCCAGAGCUUCAUGGCGGUGCUCAGUGCCAAGCUGAUCAGCACCACCAGCAGCGCCAACGCACCCCCUGCUAGCCCCAAGUCCCAGCGAAAACAUUCCGUCGACUUGCAGAAGAAUUCCAAGCUGACCUCCAGUUUCCUCGACACUCUCAACGCCAAGUUCGCUCAGCAGCAACAGCAAGGUGCGCCCAUCGUGCAGCAGUCCCCUAACACCGGCAGCACCAGAUCCGCCAGUGUCAGGCGCAUCAUGGGCAACCGGGUGCCCGUGGUCGAUCCCCUCCAGGUCAGGGAUUCCCUGAUGGACCAGAUUCGAAGAGGCACCUCCUUGCGCAAGACCAGCGGGCCAAUCAACGACCGUUCCGCGCCCAAGAUUUACUGAAACCAACGCGCCGGCCCUCGUAGAGACCUCGGAGCUGUCGCCUCGCCUCGAGGAAGAGGCUGCCCAGUCCCAGGCUCUGAAACGCAAAUGGACGCGAACCGAACACCGUACCCUGCACCAUCGGGGGCGUCCAUGACUCGAAGGAGACGUUCCGUCGACUCUUCUGGUUCACCACUGCCAUCGGUCGAGACUUCGUUCCCAGGGGAAGUCCGACUAACGUAUGGGCGAGGGGAUGUUCUAAACUAUGCACGUAAGUUCCUUUGAUAGAUUCCGACGCUUAGGCACCACCAGACCCAGAGGGGGCCCAGGUCGAUCCAGACUCCGGAGGACUGGUCUACGAUCGAAGCAGGAGGAAUGCUGUUUCGAGUCUAUGUAGAAAACUCGCUUCGUCGUUCUGGACGAGGCAUCGAGUGGUGUUGAAUCUCACCUCUCUCUCUGGUCUUCGAGAACUUCGAGGACGUCGGUUAGGACGCGGCCCUCUCGAGGUUGCCCUUAGUGGGCCGACGUUUUGGGGUUUGUUGCGAUCUUGAUGUUAAUAUGCAGGUGUAUGCACGCUACAUUAAUUAUAACGAGGAAUACACGAGCUCUCUCGUUACGUUUAAUGGAAAGUUCAUUCCUGGGUAUCGUUGGUUCCUCCACGCCCUCGAGCCUGGUUUUAAAGCAGCGUUUUCUACAUAUUGGAUAUUUAGGAUAUUUGCAUACACCUUCAAGAUAAUCUCAAAAUUGCAAUCGGCCGGUGAUCGCGCGCACGACGAACGCUGUCGAGUAUUAUUGUCACGCGGAUAACGGAGGCGGCAAAGUGGUGACAAUAUUUCAAGAUUAUACAUAUAUAUAAUUAAGUUAACUAAUGAACAUAUGUAGGUACGUUGAGAUGAGAAAAAGAAUAGGGAGCGAAGGGACGAACGGAGGAAUCUAGGGGUACCUUUACACUUGGAAUACAUUGAAUCCUUUCUCUUGUGUAACUCCGAAUUACGGAGAAUAACGAAUCGAACACGAGUGGAGGAUUUAUUCAGAGGAGGAGACUGUUUUACUGGACUUUUAUGAAUUUUUAUAUGAAUUUCUUGGGUCCCUUUCUUGAGCGAGAAUCUCAGACUUUAUCGGUUCCCGGGGAAGUAUCGAUCCGUUAUCUAUAACUGCGGCGUCGGCAUGCAAUUUUCUUUUAUUCUUGCGAGUACUUUGUACGCAUUCGAUUCCCCGAUUGUUCCUUCAUCUCCCGAUCGAUAUACCUUUCGCGAAUUCGCGCCAUAUCGUUACACUCGCGGCGAUAGUAUUACGGAAACGCGAUAACGUUACUCGUAAAAGAAAAAUCUGUAAAAAGGAUAUAAGAUGUUUAGGGUUAAACGUUUCGCUUUUCCUUCUUUUUUUUUUUUGGGGGGGGGGGGGGGGACUUUUUUCCGUAUUACCGAUAAGCGUUAAACCUCGUAAUCGCGCGAAAUGCAUCGAUACACGGUUUUGAAUUUUAUAAGACUCGCCGAGUUACGUUCAUAAUGUUUUUUGUACGUGUUUCCUUUAAUUGUACCUUACGUAUUUGUUAGAACGCGGCUAUAAAUAGCUACCGAACCGUUCACCUGUAAAAUAGGGUAGCUCUUAAGGGGGUACUCGUCGGCGAAAUUUUCCAAAAACGGGCGAAGGAAUUUCUCCGGUCGAAGAACGUCCGACUCUUAAAGUCGAUCCUCAUCUUCCGGAAUUUUAUCGUUAAGGGAGUAUUAAUAUCUAGACGUCCAGGCGCCAGGAAUAAUAUCGUAUAAUCCGCGUGGUCGGGUCGGCCGAAUCCAUGUUCGAAUCGAUUUUAACUCGUCGAGUGUUCAUAUCGUCACGGCUAAAGCCUAAAAUGCCGAAUCAAGUGAACCGAUAUCCGCUUAGGUAGACUGCCGCCAUUUUGUUCGUAAAGGCUAAAAGGCGGAUUUUAAGACGAGGGUUCCUCGACGAUAGGAGUGAUUCGGUGACUUACCGGUCCUGCUGACACUUCUUGCCAUUUUCGAAGAAUACUUCUCCCCUCGAUACGUCGAGUGAACCGGGAAUUGACGUUGCAUCUACGUUAUUUUGAACGAUGUAAAAAAUAGUAUACGGCUUUUCUCGUCGUCUAGAGUAACGCCGAAUAUUUCGGACUCGACGGUUCACGGGCCAUUAGAUGUAAUUAUUUAAGAGAAGGACUCGUUUAUGCGGCAGUACCGACCGUUACUUCCGCCGAGUAAUCGCUUAGGUUCCUUUUAGUUAGUACUCGAGUAUAAGCGGCGAGAGCGAUGUUGAUUUUUCCACGUCGGCCACCCUUUUUCGUUUUUCUACGCCCUGCCUGGGCAGCGUUUUGCUAAAGUGAUUUUUUUUUAUUUUCCGCGUAGGCGAUCUCGAAGGGACGGCUUUCCUUUGGGUAUUCAUUUUGC